AUGCGGGAGGGAUGUUUAUGCGCGAGUCGAGCUUUGCUUUUACUGUACGGCGUCACUUUGUUUGUGAGGACACAACCGUUACCAGUGACAAUCGAUUAUCUUCAAUCUCGAGAAACUCCAUACGAUGACGAGAUAGAAGAAGACAUCGAAAAUAUGAAAUAUCGCCUUCUUCAAGAACUCGGAAUGGAUGAAACGCCUGAAGUUUCGGAGGUCAAUAUUUCCAAGAGUGAGAUGGACAGAGUGCUAGAAAUUUAUCACCAGAACAACAGAAUCUCAGAUUCAGAAGAAGUAUUGGAUGGAGAUGAUACUAUUCAACAAUUCUAUACCUUUAGAGAUCAAGUACCAUUACAGUCCCAAUUGAGUGGUGAUCAUUUGUGGAAAAGCAGUUCGCGAACGUUAUUAUUUACUUUAGAUUUUUCUGGCCUCAAAAGGAACAGCAGAAGGAGCAUGAACGUGGAUUCUGCUACGUUAAGCAUCUACAUGGCUCGUAGAGGGUUUCAUGAUGAAGGAAAUGAACGCUUUGACGUGGUGAGUGGGCAGCCAGAACGUGCAACUGUGUACAUCUAUCUACUUGAGGGAUCAGAUCAAGUAGAGAAUCCUGAGCGUUCUUUAGUUUCAGCCCAGAGUGUGGUACUGAACUCCAACAGAUGGGAAGUGUUCAAUGUAACGAAAGCUGUCAAAACCUGGGUAGCGGCUCCCACUCAAAACUAUGGGCUCCUUAUCGAGUGCGACACCCCCGACUUUACAUUUCUCUCUGUUAAUAAAUCCGACACCUUAUUAAGUGAUCAUCAGAGACCGGGAAACGUUUUCUAUCAGGAGCCUGGGAGAGCAACUUUGGACAUCCAAGUAUCAAUACGAACGACACGAGCGAAACGAUCGAUACACAAACAAAGAAGACAACGGAGAAAGUAUCCACUGGAUUGCACAACUGGACAGAAGACGAAACUUUGCUGUCGUUACUCUAUGACGAUUUCCUUCGAAGAGUUAAAGUGGCAUUGGAUCAUUCAGCCGAAACAGUUUGAAGCAUAUUUCUGCAAGGGAAAGUGUAAUCAAAACUAUAAAUAUUAUGUUAGUAGACAUGCGAGAAUUCAAAACCUGAUGCGGAGAAAAAAGGAUAAACGAAAAGAAAUACCGCGUCCUUGCUGUACCCCCCAAAAAAUGGAACCUCUACAAGUUGUGUAUUUUAAGAACAAGAGUGAAGUGGAUACAAAGAAGCUAAGGGGGAUGAUAGUCUCGCAGUGUGGUUGUGCGUAGUAUCGGAUUUAAACUAGGGAUUCGAUUAAGUCUUUUAUUAAUUGUUUUCUUAACAAUAAUCCAAAGAGUGCAGAUAGCCAUUAAACAGCAUCUGCCUUCAUUCAAGCUGAAAAUAAUGUGUUCUUCUAAACAAUAAGCAGAAGCUUCCACGUAAUGUUUGUACACAAUACGAUGAAGAGCCACGAUUAUGCUAAAAGUUAGGCCUUUAUGCAAGUACUGGUGAGAUUACUUAUUCAUUUGAAUAAAUAUCUAGGCAUAAAUAUAAAACAAAUGAGAUUCUUUUCCAGAGAAUUGAUUCAAUUAUAAAACAGGAUGUUUCUAUAGAAUUUAAUGAUGAAAGUACGCAAAUCUUGUGUUUUUGUUUCUAAAUUUAUACCUAAACGUUGAUAGUCAAAUCGAAGGUAUUUCAAAACAUUUAUUUGAUGAUAAUUUACGCGUGUAAUGAUUGUUUUCAUCAGUUAAUAACUAAUACUAUUAACCCAAAUAACCGAAAGAUAUUUCUAUAGUAUUAAUAUAAUAAUAGAACAGAAAGUAGAAAUUUAGAUUUAUUGAAAGUAACUUAUUUUUGAGAGCAACGGCACCCACACGACACCAGAGAGGACAUUUUUCUUUGAUUUUCCUGAAUUGACUCAGAUAAGUGAAUGAGUGAAAAACAGCAGAAUAUGGAUUUUGUAAAGACGUUGUUGAACUACAACAAAUAAAAACAUUUCAUUGUUUAUGUAGAUAGUACUAAAACAACUAUUUCAACCAAUAAGGACAUUUCAUUGUUUAUGUAGCUAGUACUAAAACAGCUAUUUCAACCAAUAAGGACAUUUCAUUAUUUAUGUAGCUAGUACUAAAACAACUAUUUCAACCAAUAAGGACAUUUCAUUGUUUAUGUAGCUAGUACUAAAACAGCUAUUUCAACCAAUAAGGACAUUUCAUUGUUUAUGUAGCUAGUACUAAAACAACUAUUUCAACCAAUAAGGACAUUUCAUUGUUUAUGUAGCUACUACUAAAACACCUAUUUCAACCAAUAAGGACAUUUCAUUGUUUAUGUAGCUACUACUAAAACAACUAUUUCAACCAACAAGGGCAUUUCAUUGUUUAUGUAGCUAGUACUAAAACAGCUAUUUCAACCAACAAGGACAUUUCAUUGCUAAUGUAGCUAGUACUAAAACAACUAUUUCAAUCAACAAGGGCAUUUCAUUGUUUAUGUAGCUAGUACUAAAACAGCUAUUUCAAGCAACAAGGACAUUUCAUUGUUUCUGUAACUUGUCUAAAAAUAGCUGUUUUAAACAACAAGGACAUUUCAUUGUUUAUUUAACUAGUACUAAAAGAACUAUUUCAUUCAACAAGGGUAUUGCAUGGUUUAUUAACUUGUCUGAAAACAACUA